CCACUGUAUAUCCUGUAUCUCAUAUUUGCCAGUGCCUUACAUGUUAAAUAAAUAAACUCUCCUCAGAGAGAAACCCAAAUGAUCUUAAACAAAAGGUUAUGUUAGAAUGCAUGGCUUAAACUUAUUUGAAAUUUGUUGUCUGUUCAGAACUCAAUUAUUUAAAUCAUAGCAGUAUGUGUACUUGGAAGGACCUACUAUCUUACAUUAAUGGUACCCAUAAAAAAGAGGGGAAGGAAGGAAGAAGAAGGAAGGAAGGAAGGAAGGAAGGAAGGAGAGAUGACCCCACUGACCCCAGCUUCAGAGUUCAGCUACCCACCAGGAGGCCAAACCUUCCCCCCCUCUCCCUCUCCCUCCCUCUCUCUCUCUCUCUCUCUCUCUCUCUCUCUUUCUCUCUGCCCCAGAGGAGAUGCCACCUCGUUAGACAGAGCCGCUAAUCAUCUGGCGUCCAGGGCGAUUAUCUGGGAUGGGUCACAUGAUUCCAAUCCCAGCUGACCCCCUCCGCACCCCCCCACCCCUGCUGCUCCGUGGACCGGCUUGGCCAAUCUGACUCAAUCAGAUAUUCCAACUCUGACAAACUAGAGACCUCAGCAAAGCCCCAGAGCAAUCCUGGCCACGCAGACGGCGGCAGCAGCAGCCGUAGCCGCAGGAGCCCUGGUUUCCUCACCCAGACCUUCUGCUGCUCUCUAGCCCACUAGCCUAGUCCCCUCCCAGAAAGCCCAGAUGUCCUGAGGACACCCUCCUGCCUGCCCUCCCUCCCCCUCCAGAAUUACUCUCCCCUCCUGGCCGCCAGCCCCACUGUUUCAUUUCACUGGAAUUAAGGCUUUCUCCGGCACUCUCUCUUGAAUCCCAGUUGCUCCCUCUUUCCAGAAAAGCUCUCGGGGGUCUUCCUGGCUUCCCCUGCUGCGAAUUCCCUGGCCUCCUGAGGACCCCUGAACCCCACUCCCAAUGAGCUCUGGGCUGGCGGCCCCAUCCCUCCCACCCACCCCAGAGGACCCCCCUCCUCCGGCCCGAGGCACCCGCCUCCCGCGCCCCUUCCUCCGCAGCCUCCGGACGCUCUUUGAGAUCCUGGAUGACCAGCGGAGCGGGACCGUCCAUGUCUCAGAAAUCGAGAGCCGCUGGGGCCGUGGGGGCUGCGGGGUGAGCCCCCCGGGGGACAGCGAGAGGUGCCAGCUCCCUGGCGGUGUGCUUCAGGCCUUGCAGCAAGUGGCGGAGCCCUGCGGAGGGUAUUUGAGUUUCCCCCGCCUGGUGGCCGGGCUGAGAAUCGCCCUCCUCCGGGCCGAAGAAGAAGAGGAGAAGGAGGUCGAGAAAGCUGGAGAAUCGGGCGCUGGAGUCAGCGGGCAGGCCGGCGAGGGGCAGAAUUCAACUUUGCAGUCGAUGAAGAACUUGAGUCGGAUACGAGAAUCCGAUGGGAAAGGAGUCACGCGGUCGCGUAGCAUCAACAGUUCCCUCUGUCAAGCUGGGAGGCGCCGGAGUAUCCGACUUCCGAAGGAACUGCGAAGACACACCAUUUCCAAUGCCUUGGAAUAUGAUAUGCUGAAGCGAAUGCAAGAGCUGGAACGGGAACGGGACGCCUUGCUUCAAGGGCUGGAGAUGGUUGAGCGGGUGCGCGACUGGUUUCAGCGCCACCUCCUGGAGGCCCAGAGGCGUCAGAAGCACAUGGGAACGGAGGCAAGCUAUUUCCCAGACCCUUACUCCAACCAGAGCUGCCUGCUGCUGGCCAAGAUCCAGGAAGUGAACCUGUGCUUGAAAAACCUGCUGGCUUCUCCUGGAAAGGAAGUGUCUGAGAAGAGCGACCGCAUUGCCCAGCUGGAACAAGAGAAAGCAGCUCUUUGCAAGCAGCUGAAAGAGACCCGCGGCUACAGGCUACCCAGCCACAAGGAGUCCACCUUUAUCUGACAGCCAAGGCCACACUCUGUCGACGGUCGGCGGCACGGCGAUGUCCCUUUGUCCCCCCUGUGCCCGUGACAUCACUUCCUUCGACUGGCCAUCUUUCAGACAGACCUUUCUUGUGAAGGGGGCGUCGCAAACGUUUUCUCCUUUAUGCCAUUUUGGCCUGCUCCUGCAGGAGGCGCUAGAGGAACACUAGACCUCUAGUCAUCCAGCCCAAUCCUGAGGGGCCCGCAGCUCAGUCACAGAGCAUCUGCUUGGCAUACAGAUGGUCACAGGUUCAAUCCCCGGU